CAUAGGGGUCACUCACUCGCACCUGGGCCUGUGGCUUAGAUGCUCUUCCCUCCACCCAGACUUUGCAUCUGCCUUUAUCUGGACCUAUGUCCCUCCUCUGUGCCAGGCCAGGCCCCAUGUUGCUCUGCAGGAUUGUGCUGUUCUUCGUUCCCUGUGUUGGGCAAAGUGGCUGGUUGUACCUCCGAACCUUGCCAGACCCCGUGUGUGAGGGCGACAUCCUGAUUCUGCAGUGCCAAGGAUGGAAGAACACAGCCCUGUCCCAGGUCCAGUUCUACAAAGACAGGAAAUUACUCCGCAACCCGAAGGCCAAAUGGAUUCUGCACAUGGGGACAGCAACCCUGGAAAGCAGUGGCCAGUACAGCUGCACUGGGAAGGUGACCUUCACCCUGCACCUGGGCACACAAAGGUCAAAGAUGACCAUGGUUCAAGUCCAAGAGCUGUUCCCGCCUCCAGUGCUGAGUGCUGUCCCUUCUCCUGAACUCCGUGAGGGGAGCCCGCUAACCCUGAGAUGCCAGACGGAGCUGCAUCCCCAGAGGUCAGCCUCGAGGCUCCUCUUCUCCUUCCACAAAGAUGGCCGCACCUUGCAGAACUGGGGCCCCCACUCAGAGCUCUGCCUCCCAGAAGCCCGGGAGGGAGCCUCUGGGCUUUACUGGUGCCAGGCCACCCCUGAGGGUAGCAGGGUCCAGAAACAGAGCCCCCAUCUGGAGGUGAGGGUGCAAGCUCCUGUGUCCCAGCCUCUGCUCACCCUGAGACCCAGGUCCACUGGCCUUGCUGUGGGGAACGUGGUGGAGCUCCUCUGUGAGACCCAGAAUGGCUCCCCUCCAAUCCUGUACUCAUUCUACCUGGACGAGAAGAUCCUGGGGAACCACUCUGUUCCCCAUGGAGGAGCCGCCUCCUUCCCCUUCACUGUGAUGUCAGAGCAGGAUGCUGGUAGCUACUCCUGCCAGGCGGAGAACAAUGUCUCCAAAGAGACAAGUGAGCCCAGGACACUGUCCCUGGAUGGUCUUUGGGGCUUGCCUACCCUCACCAGCAGCCCCUGGUUCGUUCCUUGUCUAUCUGUGAGCCUGCUUGGUGUGCUGGUCAUCGCCACUGCACUUGUGGCUUACUUCAGACCCUGGAGAAAAACUGGGCCCAUUCCAACCCAGAAUCUGCCCCCAGCCCCAGGUGGAGAGCAGCACCCACUGUAUGGCAAUGUCACUUGGCCGAAUGAGAAUGAGGAAGAUGAUAUUUACUCUUCAAUGAUUAUAGUCCCAAAGAAGAGUGAAGCCGGGCCUGCUGAGUCAGCCUCGGGGACCUGGGUGAGUUGGACCCCUGCUCUUCCCUCCCCCUCUGUGUUACAUCUGCCUCCUCAUCCUGACCUGACUCUGCCACAGGACACUUCUGUCAUCUACACCGAGGUGAAACACUCGAAGCUUGGUGAGGUUCCAGCCAGGGAACCGAAUACAAGAAGCAGGACCCACAGAGUUGCCCUUGGUAACUUCGAGGAGGUCCUCUACUACUGAUGGCAUCCCCCCAACACCACCCACCUGAGGCCCCAGUGCUCCCCAGGAGGCCAGCAGAGACCCCAGUCCCUUCUGCAGGUCCCCAAUCCCUGAGCCCAGCAGUGAGGGAGCCCGGCGUCCCAGCCAGGGUUCCGAGGAGACUCGAGGAACACCUAAAUGAUCUCUGGGCUGCCCUCUGAGUGGAAGAACAGGAACAUGUGGGCAGGGGCAUCCCCGUUCACACAUGAGUUCCAAGCAGUGGACCAGACACGGAAGCCACAGAUGUUUUCUUGCACAUGAGUGGAAGGGUUGGAGUGCCUUCUCUUCAACAUUUGUAAGGACUUUCUAAGGUGGCCUCAGUCCCCGUGCAUGGGCUUGGCCUCUCCCUGAAGGAGAGAGCUAGCCCCCGGGCAGCUCUGGUAGAGCAUUUCCAGCUUCCAAGCUGCCGCUGAAGCCCCUGAGUGACCACGGGGCUAAGGACCUCUCAGUGGCUCGGGGAGGCCAAGAGUUGGGGGGGAAGGCCUGGCCCAGAUAAUAGCACAGAAUUCUCAACCCCAGAGCCAGAGCCCCCGUCCCAGGCACUGAGAGCCCAGCCUUCUCUGCAACACAUUUCUGCUCAGACCCCUUCCGGUGACCAGGUUACCAAAGUUGCUGGAACUGAGGCUUGCCCAAAACCCCCAUUUGUAGAGUAUAUCAGAACACUCACUUACCCCUCAUGUGUUUACCAAGAUACACACUUGUAGAAUCUAUUUGUUCAUAGAAGCGUAUCAGUUUGUUUCAUACUUUUCACCAAAGCCGAUCACUCAUAGUGCCCGAUGGUUGGUUUGGUCCUUGAUGCUGAGGGUUUAGUCCUGGUAACUAGGAGGAUUAGUUCUCCCUGCUCCUCCUCCCAGCCCUGACCCUACAGGCCCCUGCUCCUGAAUCACAGAGUGAGGUCCCAGUCACGCUGCUGGAUGUCACCGACCCCACCCACCUGUCCUGGGAAGAGGCCCACGUCCUCCCGCCCACCCAGAGCUCCCACCCAGGUGCCCCUGAGCUGCCCACAGCCAGCAUUCAUCCUUGAGCUUAAUAGAAAUGCAUCCACUCGGACUCAGACCCAGACCUGCUGAAUCCUGAUCUGCAUUUAAGUAAGAUCUGUAAGCUGUUGGUAUGCACAUUAAAGUUUAGAAAGCCUG